AUGUCCCAGAAUCUGGGAUUCUACGACCAGCGCCUCGCACUGGAAUGGACCUCGUCCAACAUUGCCUCCUUCGGCGGAGACCCUUCGAAGAUCACCAUCUUUGGAGAUUCCUCUGGCGCCUCGUCUGUGGACCGGUUGGUUACAGCACCACCUGAUCCACUUCCUUUCCGAGCGGCGAUUCUGCACUCCGGACAGGCGACAGUGAGUGCGAACGAGAAUGCCGGUCCACCCAACUGGAAGCAGGUGGUGAGCUUUGUGGGCUGUAAUGGCACCACAGCAGCUGCCGAAUUGGAAUGCAUGAAGAGUGUCAAUGGCUCCAAAAUCCAUGACGUAGUCCAGAAUCUCGCUCUGGACUUCUUUCCAGUGUCAGAUAACGUCACACAACGAGCCACACCACUUCUAGAGGCUCGAAAACAUGGCCAAUCGGCUAAUAUCCCUAUCGUGAUUGGGACUAAUUCGCAUGAAGGCUCACUGUUCGUAUCACCGAUUCUCUCACAGGCAAUGCAGCGAAAUGGUAGUAUAUCUCUUUCGGCCUUCUCCGAGUUCCUGUCGUCUCUAGUAGACUCAGCAAACGCUCGUUGGGUUCAGGACUCUCUAGCCGCAUAUUUAGCACAAGGGCCGACUGCUUUAUUCUUUAGCGUUGCAGAUUUUGUCACGAACCUACAAUUCCAAUGUCCUACAAAUCUCGUCUCUCAUGCAAACGCCCAGGCCAACAAUCCCACCUACCGGUACUAUUUCAACGCGACAUUCCCCAACAUCCAGAGCCCGGCACUCCCUCCCUCCAUGAAUAUUACAAAUAUCGGCGCAUACCAUGCCUCAGAUAUACCGUUGGUUUUCGGUACCUAUGAUGCUUACUCGACCUUCGGAAAUUCGACGUCUGGAGAAGUCGCAUUGAGUCGAUUCAUGCAGCGUUCGUGGGCGAAUUUUGCCAAAGACCCUUAUGCUCCGGCCGCGCCCGGAUGGAGGGGCAUGAAUGCCAAUGGCACGACUGAUAUUGGCUGUUUGGGAUGUACUGCGAACCCGACGGGGGUGAGCCUGAUCUCGGAGGAUGUGGAUUCUGCAUGUUCGAGCUUUUAUCCACUGUACACUGCGACCAGGCCCGUGUCUUGA